UUUGUGAGUUUUUGUGUGAGGAUGACACGUUUCUCUCUAGCAUCGAUUGUGUGUUGUAUUUUGCUCUCCUCAUCGUCAUCGGGAGUAGAAACUUGUGAUCCACUUAUCGACAUAGUGUUCCUGUAUGACGAGAGCUUUAGUAUUCCGGACAACGCCUUUCCGCAAAUGAAAGAGUUCUUAGUCAACAUUGUGAAACAAUUUGAUGUUGGUCAAAAUGCUGCACAGUUUGCGGCAAUAUGUUUUGGCUCAGACACUAAAGAUCAUUUCUUUUUGAAAAAUCAUCCAACUAAACAGACUGUCAUUGACGCCAUACAUGCUUUCAAACCUGGAGCACGUGGAUUAACAUAUACUGGUAAAGGAUUAGAGAGAAUCAAAAAUGAAUAUUUGAAGGCAGCAAAUGGGGGAGACCGUCCAUCUGUAACCAAGGUGAUUAUUAUUCUUACUGAUGGUGCCAGUACUGACAACCCAAUUCCUAUUGCAAACCAGCUGAAAACCGAUAAAGUUUACAUAUUUGGAGUUGCUGUUGGAAAAUUUGAUUUGAACGAAAUUAAUAAAAUAGCGUCCGGUCCUGAUUUCGUUUAUCAUGUGGACGACUUUUCGGAUCUGAAAACUACUGUGGUGCAAAAGAUUGCCGAGAACAUCUGUACGAAUAUAGUUCCUGCAGACGACAAAGAUAGUGAAAUUUGUGACAAAGACAGCGUUAGUAAAGACAGCAGUAACAAACAACAUCGAUAUGGACAAGUGCCAAUAAAGAUUGACCUGUCGAUUCCAAUAUUGUUGUCACAGAACGUCGGUAAAGUACCGGAAGGUGCAUACAAGGAGUCAAAUAAAGGGCCUUAUGUACAUCUAGGGCAUGUUCCUGCAGCUACUUAUCCUUACAAAGCAGGCACUUACAACCACGUUCCAGUGGAAGAUGAAACAACAUCAUAUUAAUCAACACAACCAA